AUGCCACCGCCAUCAUUGAGCAAGGCCAUACAUUUUGGCCAAUUCGCUGUGACCUCACAGGUCUUCUACAAAACACCCCUCUCCUUCUGCCUCGUGAAUCUCAAGCCCUUGUUACCUGGUCACAUCCUAGUCUGCCCUCUCCGCCGUGUCCAACAUAUCGAUCAACUCAGCGCUCCAGAAGUCACGGAUCUAUUCAGCACAGUACAAUUGGCGUCCCGGACGUUGAAGCGCGUGUACAAUGCAUCGGCCUGCAAUAUAGCGAUACAAGAUGGCGAGGCAGCAGGACAGAGCGUGCCACAUGUGCACGCGCAUCUGAUACCCAGAAGAGACGGUGACAUGGAUGCGCAAGGUGGUGGAGACAAGAUCUACGAACAAUUGGAGGGUGAAGAGGGAGAUGUGGGAAAGCAUCAGAAAGAAGAGGAGGGCGUGAGAAAGGGCAAGUUCUCCAAGGUCGAGGAUGACAAGAGAAAGCCUAGAAGUAUGGAGGAGAUGGAGAAGGAGGCUCGCUGGCUGGCUGAGGAGAUGCAGAAGGAUGCCCAUAAUUUCUCCAACGAGCCCUGUUCUUGA